AAACAUGUUGGCACGGAACUGUUGCCAUAAAUCUUAUAUCCUGCUGAUUCACCUGUUUCCGAUCAAUGCUUCUUAGAGAACACGGCUUAUCCAUGCCAGAAAAUAAACCUGGUUAUUUCCUCCAAACGCUAAUGUGGAGCUACUCAGUGGAAAGGCAGCCCCAGCCCCAGACUGCCCAUGGUGCUUUUGUCACAGGAGCCUAGUAAAUGAGAAGGUACUAUCCUGCGCCGGGCGGGAGGCUCUGGGCACGGCCGAGUUCACCUGCCCUCUCACUGAGCAGGUUUCUAAUUUAGUAUCUGGACGUCGCAGGAGAAGCUUAGGUGGUUCGUAGCGCGUACAGCUGCGGAUGCGAAGUCUCUAAAACAAAAGAACGCGGCGCACUUUCAAUGGAAUGAUUUUAAUUCCUUGAAUUCCCAGAAAAUCCCAGUCCUGGCCAUCUAUUCCAGGAGCAUGCAGUAGGCGGCACCUAAAAGCUCCUGGGAGGCGAGCAGGCGCCAUUUGAGCAAAAGCAGCAGCGGCUGCAGCAGCUGGCAGGGCUCGGAAGUCGGCGAUCCAAGCGCGAGCUAGAGGAGGGAGGCCGGAGGAGUGCCGGCCUGGGCGGCGCAGGUGCGGGGCGUGCGUGGUGUGCGGGGCGCAGGAAUCAUCUCCCACGUCUGGUUCCUUGGCUAGGUGCUUCCUGGUGACAGUCAGAGGUCCCCAGCAACAUGCCGGAACAGAGCAAUGACUACCGCGUGGCCGUGUUCGGGGCCGGGGGCGUUGGCAAGAGCUCGCUGGUGCUGAGGUUCGUGAAGGGCACGUUCCGGGAGAGCUACAUCCCCACGGUGGAGGACACCUACCGGCAGGUGAUCAGCUGCGACAAGAGCAUCUGCACGCUGCAGAUCACCGACACCACGGGCAGCCACCAGUUCCCGGCCAUGCAGCGGCUGUCCAUCUCCAAGGGCCACGCCUUCAUCCUGGUCUACUCCAUCACCAGCCGGCAGUCGCUGGAGGAGCUCAAGCCCAUCUAUGAGCAGAUCUGCGAGAUCAAAGGGGAUGUGGAGAGCAUCCCCAUCAUGCUGGUGGGGAACAAGUGUGACGAGAGCCCCAGCCGCGAGGUGGAGAGCGGCGAGGCCGAGGCCCUGGCCCGGAAGUGGAAGUGCGCCUUCAUGGAGACCUCGGCCAAGCUCAACCACAACGUGAAGGAGCUCUUCCAGGAGCUGCUCAACUUGGAGAAGCGUAGGACCGUGAGCCUCCAGAUCGACGGGAAAAAGAGCAAGCAGCAGAAAAGGAAAGAGAAGCUCAAGGGCAAAUGCGUGGUCAUGUGAAGGCCCGUCCGUGGGAGGAGCCACGGCGUGUCCCCCCAUCCCCUCUCCCAUCCCCUUCCCCACCUCACGUGACACCCGCCAUCGUCAGGGUAGCAUGUCUGAUGCCCACGUGUUCAACAUCGCCUUUGGACCGAGCCGCGCGCCCUGUCCUCCCCGAGAGGGCCCAUCAUGCCACCACCGAUAAGCACCCCCUCUCCAGAGUCAGGGAUUCUGUCCAGCCCUUCGGAUGGACGCCCUGCCUUGCCCAGCCUCUCGGGGGAUGGAGAGGCGCUGGCUGUCUCCAAAGGCGGCUUCACCAGGAGGGGAUGGUCUGGGUUGGCGGGAGCGGGUCCCAUCUGCAUGCGUGCAACAGUGUGGGACCCCCAGCCACGGCCCACCCCAUCCCCCACAGCUCGCUCAAAGCUGGACACUCUUGGGGCCGGGAGGGGCGGGAGGGGAGGAGCCCAGGCCAAGUUCAUUCCAUUUCAGGUCCUUUAGCUGAAUUACAAAUAACAUGUCACAGUGGCCCCCAGAGGGUGCUCGCAGACGGGUCCCUGACGCGUGAGGUUCGCUGCUCGAGGGGGAGGCACUCCCAACACCAGACCUCAUUAGCGGGUGUCCCUGUCACUUUUGGGAGGGUUUAUUUCACAUACAGUGGUGGCAUCCUGCUGGGUCAGACACCCUGCAGGGCGGGAGCGAGGGUAUCUGGACGGACUAGCGCAGUGUCCAGCACUCGGUGAGUUCCCCUUGAGGGUUUUAGAGAUGUGCUUUAUCUUCCCUUUGACCCAGGAGGGGUCUGCUUCUUCCAGCCCCUCAGGUUUUAAAUAAAGGCAAUUAAAGUAGCCAUUAUUUGUAGACAGCUGUUUGCCUUCCAAGAUGGUUUCCUUCUCAGUAACUCCGUCUGUAUGCCGCUGGAGCAGCCAGAAGCACAUCUGUUUUCUAAGUCACUCGGACACCUUUACGCCAUACUCUGCCCCUCGAGGAAAUACUUCGAAUCAGAAGUCAUUCACUGUGCUCUUGGUGAUCUGUCUGUAACAGAAGCAUAUUCCCGGAGAGCGUGUUCAAGGAACGGGUUAUCUUGCAUGUUCCGUGAUACCGGUGUCUUCUCAUUGCUGUUCGACGUGCUCUCCACUCCGGAAACAAUGAUCUUUUCCUCUUAAUGACCUUGUGUGCAUCCUUAAUCCCCAGACCAAAUCGGGGCAUCUGCUGGUUCCCGUGUGCUGGCGAGGAGAUGGGGCGGAGGCUGGAGGCAGGCUCAGCUUCACUGCUCUGUCCAGUCUGGUUUGGCUCUGCUUCUAGAGAGUUCCCACCGACAGAGCCCGUGAGCCCUCCUGUUUGUUCCAGCCGGCGUUGCUCACACUGGCCCCGAUUCCAGAGUCUUCCUUUCAGCAGGGCUUCCUGCCUGGCAGGUGGAAGAGGCUGGAGGGGGCCCUGGGCUGCGACGGGGAGCCCUUAGCUGUCAGAUGGCCGCGCCAGCCUCCGCAGAGUGGUCACGUUGGGGAUGUUUGCUUCCAGCCCCCUGGGUUCUGCUCUUGUCUGGACAGCUCCGUGCGCUGGACGCACCCUCUAUCAGCCCUUUCUGGUUCAGCGUCCCUGCCUUUGCUGUUCUUCUGUGCUCUGCCAGCAAGUCCCCAGGUGGUACGUGUGGUGCCGCGGGUGGGAGACACCAUUGAGAACCAGCCGCCCCACUGUCUUCCCACACGUUGGUCUCCUAGUGGCACCCUGAGCAGGGUGUGGACGCGGCCUGCAUGCCAGCGGGGUUGGGGAGCCCAGAAGGAUGCCUCAGCCAUACCGGAAGUCCCAGCAGGUCCUGAGGGAGGCCCCUACCCAUGGUGGCUGCCCCCACAGCCUUCACAGCCACACCUGGCUGGUGAACUUUCUAGAACAUUUAUUUUUCAACCUAGUCCUACAUUUUUUUUUUUUUUUACUUGUUUCUAUUCUUUGAGAGAUGAGAUCAGUUUGUCAUUUGGAUGUGGGUUAAGUGGAAGAAGAAACAGGACAUCACAGCCACCAUCGGAGGCUGGGGUCUAGCAGGGGCUGUGUGCGCGUCCCCGAGGCUCCCGGUGUAAGGCCUCCCUGCCAGACGCCCUGUCCUCACUGGUAGAAGUCACGGUUCCCGUUCUGCCUCUCACGCCCCGGUCUGCCACUGAAGCCUCUAGAGCUUCAUCAAUAGAGGUUUAUUUUUUUUUUAACAUACAAUGAAUUAUUUGUUUGGGGGUCCAGGUCUGUAAUCAUCAGUCUUACACAAUUCACAGUGGUCACCAUAGCACACACCCUCCCCAGUGUCCAUCCCCAGCCACCCCAGCCUUCCCACCCCCGUCCGGCAACCCUCGGUUUGCUUCCUGAGAUUAAGAGUCUCUUACGGUCUGUCUCUCUCUCUGGUUUCAAGGCAGAGGGUCAUGGGGGAAGAGAGGAAAAAAUAGGAGGAGCUUUUAAUGGUUGAAAACUGAACCCAUUUUGCUCCUUUGUACUUUGCCCAUGAGUUUCUGGGAAGGCUAUUGAUGCCUCUGUCACAGGUCUUCAUUGGGCGAUUGUCCUCCAUGAACCACACCGAGGGUUUGAUGAUGAUCUCAGUACAGUCUUGGAGGAGAUCCCCAGUUGUCUCAGGGCUCAAGGAGUUGGUUCCCCGAAUUGGAUGCGUUUAGUAUUUAGGUGGCCCUGUCCUGAGUAUGUCCCCCCAAAACCCCCCAAGUUUCUGAAGGACCCUUCCAAACAUUGCACAUGGGCACAGAAGUGGUUGACCUGGCCACAAGAUGUCACGAAACUCAAAAUAUUGCUUUGAAGAUGACAUUCUGGGGAUAAGCCUGGGGCUCCAUGAGUCCCCUUGUGUCCCUUCCGGUCCCUCCUCCAUCUGGUGACAAGCCAUGGGCGUGCCCCGGGCAUGCAUGCAAUACGAAGACCAACAUGAGCAAUAUCGAAUUGUUCCUUAGAUCUAACAUGAUAUAUACAUUUUAUGUAUAUAUAUAUAAUGUAUCUUCCUGCACUUUUGAGGUAUAAAGCCGUACACUGUACAUAUCUAUAAGCUAACGUACUUGCUUCACCGUUUCUAAUAUCGAAGAAAUGCUCCUUCUUUGUAGAACAAACUGUUAAAGAUUUUAAAAACUGCUCUGUCAUUAGUUUCCUUUUCAAGAUUUGUGACGUGUCGCUUGUGCAUAAGCUCUCUGAAAGCAUCCGUCGCUGACAGGACCCACGUAAGCCCUCCAAGCUCCAUCCCAGAACUCGGACCUCCACAGGGACAUACGUGGACACGAGUAUUUACAGAGCAUGACUUUUCUACGUGUGGGAUAUCAACGUGUCUAUUUAUGUUCAGGUGUCUCUUGUGACAUCUCCAGGAUCGAUUCUGUUUUAUUUACUCCUCAGUUACAGAAUCCACCCUUGCAUACCAGUUUCUAGUUGCCAGUGAUGGUCUGAAAAUAAUGAAACCUAUUGAAAUAAAGCUUCCAUUCUGACCCUC